AUGCUACAUGUAGGGCCGUUUGAACUCGGAGCCCGUGCGAAGUCAUUCCCGAAUAACAUCGCCUGUCAAUACAAAGAGCGGCCAAAACGGAGCUCCGACACGGCCCGGCCUGAAAGCCUCCGAAAGCCUCCGAACCAACAUGAACAAUCACGGCCAUCCUCUUUCCAAAAGCAUGCUCAGAGUAUCUCGCAAUCCGACUCAACCUGCGACCCGAAGCUCGCCGAGAGUGCAACUCCGUCAGCCGACUUCCCAGUGCUCCCGCCAAUGUCGCCGACCAUGAGCCCUAAGAAUAUGGAUAGCGAUGGGGUAAAUGUCCUCCAGCACUCCAACAGCAGCUCUACCCCAACAGCAUCGACAUUCAAGCCAAGCCUCCGCUUCUGGACCAUCUUCGUCGCCGUAGGCUUUGCUGGGCUGCUCACUGCGCUGGAAGCAACCAUCACAUCGACGGCGCUCCCAUCCAUCAUUGCCGAUCUGCAAGGCGGCGAUGCCUACAUCUGGGCCGUCAAUGGCUAUCUCGUGGCCAUGACAAGCCUGCAGCCGCUGUACGGCCAGCUGGCCAACGUCUUCGGCCGCCGGUGGCCGACCAUCGUCGCGACGGCCGCCUUUGUGCUGGGCAGCGGCAUCGCCGGCGGCGCUCACAACAUCAGCAUGCUCAUCGCCGGCCGCGUCAUCCAGGGCGUCGGCGCGGGCGGCAUCAACGUCCUCUGCGAGAUCCUGGUCUGCGACCUGGUCCCGCUCCGCGAGCGCGGCAAGUACCUCGCCGGCAUGUUCGGCAUGAUUGCGCUCGGCACCGCGCUGGGCCCCUUCUUUGGCGGGCUGAUUGUCGACCACACAACCUGGCGUUGGGUCUUCUACCUCAACCUUCCCGUGGGCGGGCUCGCGCUCGUCCUCCUGGUCAUGUUCCUGCACGUCAACUACGUGAAGGAGGCCAACCUGGCCACGAGUCUGGGCAAGAUUGACUGGGCCGGCAAUGCCAUCUUCGUCGGCUCGGUCGCCGCCGUGCUCAUCGCUCUGGCAUGGGCUGGCGCCGUCUACACGUGGACCUCGUUCCACGUCCUGGUGCCGCUGCUUGUCGGCCUAGCGGGUCUGGCGGCGUUCUUCGUCUUCGAGGGCUCGAGAUUCUCGGCCCAGCCGAUGAUGCCGCUGCAUCUCUUCGGCAACCGCACGUCGGCGACGGCCUUCGCCCUCACCUUCCUGCACAGCAUCGGCACCAUAUGGGUGCUGUACUUCCUUCCCGUCUACUUCCAGGGCGUGCUGGAGUCUUCGGCCCAGCGUGCCGGUGUCCAGCUGCUCCCCACCAUCCUCAUCCUCAUUCCGUUCGCCGCCGCCGGUGGCGGCAUCAUGUCGAAGAUAGGCCGGUACCGCCCCCUGCACCAUGUUGGCUUCGCCCUCAUGACGGUUGGCAUGGGUUUGCUUGCCCUGCUUGACGAGGAGUCCAACACGGGCAGCUGGGUGGGCUUCCAAAUCAUCGGCUCGGCCGGCGCGGGCAUCAUCAUCCCCACGCUGCUUCCGGCGGUCCUGGCGCCCCUGACCGAGGCCGACACGGCCCUGGCAACCGCGUCAUGGGCCUUCCUCCGCAGCUUCGGCCAGGUCUGGGGCACUGCGAUUGCCGCGGCCGUCUUCAACAACCGCUUCGACCAGCUCUCCGGAAGCAUCGCCAACGCGGCCGUCCGGGAGCAGGUCGGCCACGGCCGAGCCUACCAAUAUGCCACGGCCGCGUUUGUGCGGCUACUUCCUCCCGACACCAGGCGCCAGUUUGUGGCGGUGCUGCAGGACAGCUUGCAACGCACCUGGCACGUGGCCAUCGCGUUUGCUGCGCUGGGGUUCGUGCUGGUCAUUUUUGAGAAGGAGGUGCCGCUGCGAAAUGAGCUGGACACCGCGUAUGGAGUCCCUGAGACGGAGACGGCGACAGAAGCCGGUGAUGUUGAGAAGUCCAGCGGCAAUGCUUCGAGCGCGGGAGAGGGGAACGGGCACGCAGCCCGCUCGGAUGUGUCUACUGCCUAAGGUAGUAGUACCUUGUAUCUAUGCCCCUAGAAUAGAACCAUUCUAACUGUCGUACCUACCUGUUAAUAAUGAUGGAUUUAUA